AUGCAACCACAAAAAUUUAUUUAUCCAACAUCAUCACCAUAUCAAGUUAUAAUAAAAUCAAAAAGGAUUGGAUAUUUGAAAAGAAGAUUUCAAAGAGAUAUGCCAAUUGAGCUAGUACCAUAUGUAACAAAUGAAAAAUAUCAUAAAACUAUAAAAUAUUUAGAAAACGUUUCAAAAUAUACCUAUAUUGGUCAAAUUGUAUCAUUUAUUCCUUCAGUAGUUGUAGGAGCAAUCAUGUUUGGUGUUGGUGAAAGUAAAAGACAUAAAAAUUCAGAUUUCACUCCAAUUUAUUGGUAUAUUGGUAUAAUUAUUUUAGGUAUUUCUUUUAUUUAUAUUUUAAUUGCUUUGGCAACUAUUAAAUCAAAGUAUUUAAAAAAUUUAUCAUACGCAGUCCAAAAAUGUCAUACUGAAUAUACAAAUGAACAUGGAAUUGGUUGGACAUUAAAAUAUGUUGAUUUUAGAAAUAGAAAGAAUAGAACUAGACAAAAGAUUUGGUGUGAAUUGACAAUUCCAAAUAGCGCAAAUAUUCAACAACCAGUUCCACAUCCUGACCCAUAUGGUCCAAAUCAAACUCAACAACCUUCUCAUUAUAUUCCAAUGAAUUAUUAUUAUUCUACACAACCUAAUAAUAAUGGUACUAAUCCACAACAACAACAACAACAACAACAACAAUAUUUAUAUCCUGGUCAAGGCCAACAAUUAGGUAAUGGUCAACCAUUACCACCACCACAACAACAACCACAACAACAACAACAACAACAAAUGUCUAAUCAACCUUAUUACAAUUAUCCAAACACUUCUGUAAUUCCAAUUGAUAAUCAACCAAUCGAUAAUAAGGGACCCUCUGUAAAUUUGACUAAAAAAUAA